GUUUUUUUUUUUUUUUCCUUAAGCCCCAGGUCUGCUGAAGACAGAGCCAGUGGCCGAGGAAGGAGAGGAUGCUGCAGCCAUGCUCAGCACCCCGGGAAACCUGUCAGAGGAGGAGCAAAAUGAGCUGAGACAGGAACUUGCCAAUGUGGAAGAAGAAAUCCAGACUCUGUCUCAAGUGUUGGCAGCAAAAGAGAAACAUCUCGCAGAGAUUAAGCGGAAACUUGGGAUCAAUUCACUUCAGGAAUUCAAGCAGAACAUCGCCAAGGGGUGGCAAGAUGUGACAGCAACCUCUGCAUAUAAGAAGACGUCUGAAACCUUAUCUCAGGCUGGACAGAAGGCUUCAGCUGCAUUUUUAUCCGUUGGUUCAGUCAUCACCAAAAAGCUGGAAGAUGUAAAAAACUCUACAACUUUCAAGUCAUUUGAAGAAAAGGUUGAAAACUUAAAGUCUAAAGUAGGGGGAACCAAGCCUACUGGUGGUGAUUUUGGAGAAGUCCUGAAUUCCACAGCAAAUGCUACCUGUGCCACAACCUUGGAGCCAUCUCCAGAACAGAUGGAGCAGAGUCCCUGAGUUGCUGACCUACGUUCUGCUGCCCACUGCCAGGUGCUGCAAGUGAGAUCCAAGCACAUCUUGUCAACGCUCAUGGCCGCAGAUUUCUACCAGAUGUGCUUUUACUUAGCUUUACUUAUUUCUUUGACCAAAUAGUUUGUGAAUAAAAAUUAAGUUUGUGAAAGCACCUUCACCUUCACUCCAGGGAAACACCCUUUAGUGUUCAUCGAAUGCAUCACAGAGCCUCUGGUAGUCCCAAGGCACUCACCGGAGUGACAGGAAGUUGCAGGUGACCACUGUGUUUCUACUUUACAAAAUCACUCUACAUCUGGGAUUCUAGUUUGAUCUUUUUUUAGGAGUCAUCUUUUCGGUUUUGACUGUCUGUAUACUUGAUUUCUAACUAAAAUUGUUCUCUUCUAAAUUCUGGUUAUUAAAAGUUUUGGAAUCAUUUUGUUUAAAAAGGAGAAACCACCAGCUACUUUUUUUUUCUUGGAUAAACAGUUUUUGUAUGAGGACCAUAUCUCGGGUUUCUGAACACACCAGACUAAAGUAGACAGGUGUGUAUGUGUGUCAGUAGUUCUGUAAGUUAAAAGCAUACAGAAACCCAAACUACCAGUGGCAUUAGCAUAGGCUCCCCUCCAUAUUCCUGGUAAUUAGCAACUAUCAUUUUAACAUAUUGGUUAUUUAUUAUGCUACCCCUGCACAUUUUUAUAAGAUUAAAAUUUCAGGUAAAUUGACAAAAUAACAUUAUGAGUCAAGCAUAUGAUAUUACUGUAAGUUGAAAUGUGGCCACACUUGUCACUGAUAAUUCCAAAAGUCUAAAAGUCUUUAGGUCUAGAUAGCUGUAAAAAAAAUGCUAAAAUAGAUCACUUAGGGGAAUUGCUGCCUCCACCACUAAAUCCAUUUAGCACUCGUUAGGAAGCACAGAAAGUUCUAUGGGAAAUACAACUUGAAUAUUUUUUUAUACUAAGGUAUCGUUGCUAGCUCGGAAGGAUGUAAGGCAUUCAUAUAAAUGAGCUGAUCAUGCUGUAGUUGUUUUCUGUGUGUUAGUGAUGUAAGCUGUACUGUAGGCAUUGCCCUUGCUUUGAGAACUCUCAGGGCUUGUGAAUCAAAGCUUCCAGAUGUCUCCACUGAGCUUCUCUAUUAACUGUGGUAACUACUGACUCACUACCAUUUUAUUUCCUUUUGCUGUAUGUGUUUAUGGCCCAGGAGGUUGUGUCUGUUAUUUAUCUGUUGUGGUUGUUUAUUAUUGUCCAUGCCAAAUGUUAAUUGCCAAGCUUGGAGUGACCUAAAGCAUUUUUUAAAAGCAUGACUAGAUUUAAUUGAGGUUAAAGUUUCUGCAAACCAAAUUCAAAAAGCCACAAGUGUCAGUUGUUACAAAGUGACAUGCUGUCGUUCUUGAUUGCUACUUGGAUGCAAUGGAAACUAUGCUCUAUUAUAUGUGACAAAUCUUAAUAAAGUCUGUGUAUCAGUA